CUGAUCAAGUACCUGUGCAAUACCAUCUCCUUCUCGCUACGGUGGCCACCUCGCUGUUGAGUUGCUGAGAUCCUACUUGCGUCACCAUUCUGGUAUAUGGCAGACUAUGAGUCCGAACGACAGCGGAUCAUUUCGUCUGUGUUCACGAAGCUGAAUGCCACAGGUCAUGAUGAACAGUACGUUGCGCAUGUCAAGAUCUGGGAGGAAGCUUCGCAAGAAGAAGGUGGCAGGAAGCCGAGAUACAUCUUGCUUUCCAUGGCCAACAAUGGAUCUGGAUUCAUACAUAAGUCCAAGUUGAAUUCCAAUGGCCUGUUCUCCGUGGGGAAGACAUGGAAGAUUACUGAGCUUCGUGGUAUUGAAGUUACCAGUCCGACGUCUUUCAAUGUUACGAUGGCCAGAACCUACCGCUGGCAGACAGAGGAUCCAAGGAAUCAGACGAGCUUCGUUGCGUCACUCAUCCAGCUUUUCCACACUGUCACGUCAGGAUCUGCACCUCUGCAACUAAAGGGAGUGAGGGUCCCUGAUGCUCCUUCAUCAUCUCGACCCCCUGCUUUGGACUUUACGACAACCACUGGCAGGAGAAUGGACCGAGCGCCCACACCUACCAACGGUGCACCUCUACCGCCAGCAUCACCGAGACGGCCGGUAAUGAAGGAACCCCAUGAAACGCAUCAACACAAGCAUAGCGAACAGUUUGACGAGUUCCCCCUACCCAAGCCUCAUGCGCUCGGCUCGACAAGGCAGAGGGCAGGAACAUUAACUCGCACCGACUCUUCUGAUACUACGGCCUCCCGCACUGCUACUGUCGCGCCGGACCGCUCUGGGACGCCAUCCCGCGGUCGACCAAGCACGCCUUCUUCUCAACCCGCUAUACCACUCGCGUUACGGCCCGGGCAUACUCGUCGAGUCUCCAACGUUUCCCAAAUUAACGGUACCUCUUCCACGGUGAUCUCUCCAACCACUUCCACGCCACCGCGAGUCGUGCUACAGACCCCGCCGACAAAUGCUUCCCAACCACUACCGCGGGUUACCCCACAGCCCCCGCCUGUCAGCAUAACCACCCGUCUAAACGGCGCAGGCGCAAACCUCGAGGUGCCGUCCACAUCGCCGAUCAACCGCCAUUCACCACUGUCUACAUACUCCUCCGUCCCGGAACCUGUUCAGCUGCUUGUGCCAACUCCACGGCAGCCCUUAUCUGCACGGAGAUCGCCCUCAAGGGCACCCACCAUGGAACCUGGUGAAUCGGGCCAGCCGCGCCGGGAGCAGAACGCGCGCAUCUCGUUCUAUGACCCCACGAAUCAGGCUACCAUCAAUCGCUUGCUGUCAGGCGAUGUUAUCAUCCACGAUGAUGUCGACGGCGAGGGCGAGGACACUGCCACUCAAGAGGACGAGAAUGCACUGGACACGCUGGAGAGCAUGGAAGAGAUGCUGGAGGAUUCUGAAUGGGGAAACGAUGAUAUUCUUGGAAGAAGGUCUGUGACCGGCGCCGCGGAUCGGAUGGAGGCAAGAUUGUUGGACGAGUUGACAGCCUUAGAGAAGGCUAAUAUCUACUCCUUCAUUGAGUCAGACGACAGAGUCAACGUCGUGCUCAAGUAUAUCGAUGAAGCCAUCAUGGAACUCGAAGGGAUGGACAGCGUACUGUCAUCGUACAAGAUCCAUCUGAAUGCCGUCAGCGAUGAUAUUGCCUAUAUCCAGUCGCAGAAUCGUGGACUGCAAGUGCAGAUUCAGAACCAACACGCCCUUAUGGCAGAGCUGGAGGAACUGCUGCAAACUGUACAUGUCGAGGAAGAAACGCUCCUCACCCUCACGCAGGAGUCGCUCGAGAAACCUGCCAGCAUACAGAGGAUCGAGGGCGCAGCUACAGAGCUCUAUAAGGCCCUGCAGGCUGGUAGGGACCGAGACAUGGCGGCUACCAUGGAAAGACUUGAUGAGUACCGUACUCACAACGCUCACUUCUGCAAGCGCAUAUUAGAUUUCCUGUCAAUUAUGUUCACUGCGCAGUCGAAAAUACUGUUGGGUGACAAUGACGGUGUGAUUAAAUCUCCGCAGGGAAAACCAUCGUUGGCAGACCAUAAAGUGUUGGAGAACUAUCUUGGCCGGUAUAGUGGAUUGAUAUUGUAUCUGAAGGAGAUGGAGGAAUCCAUAUACGGCAAGCUCUGUGCCGCGUACUUUUCCGUGGCGAGCACUCUCCAUGGUACACAAGUUAGAGCACUGAUGAUCAUAUGCGGCAAUAUGAUCAAGAAGGUCACAGAGGACGAUUCGGAAGGUUUCGGCGGGGCGACACCGACCGCCGCAUCUUCGAAGGCCGCGUCUGGAAUGCGUCGCGCCGGCACUAUCGUGCGUUCACCGCUGGAGGGUCGCAAGGAAAGGAAAGAGCGGUCAGACGGCGAUAGCACUGCUUCCGAAGCAUUCGGGCUUGUCCUUGAGCAGCUCGCCCGUGCAGUUUACCAUGAGGAGGAAUUCAUAGCCGAUUUCCUUCAAAUCAACGAUGCUGGGCUGACCUUCGCGGACUACAUGGGCCUGGAGAAUUACUUCCGGAGACAAGCCUCAAGGGCUGCUGGGCUGAGUUCGGCGACUAUGAAGCUUGUGCGGGGAGCGAUGGAUCUGAUUUUUGGCUUCAUCGCUACCGAGCUCAAAGGAUGGCUCGAUAAUGCGCUGGCCAAAGACCAAUUACACAUUGUCGGUAUCAUUGCGACCCUCGAGCGGUUCCUGGGGGAUGCAGAAGAACAUGGGAAUGCUUUCUUGCAAAACAUGCUGGAGAAACAACAUGGGCGAUUAAAGGGGCUUUGGGAACGUCGCGUCGAUGAGCACAUCAAAUCCAUUGAGGAUACAAAGCUGACCAGCAAGAAGCGCAACGGAGUUGCGCCAUUCAUCAAGUACUUCCCUGUCUACGUCGGCCGCGUGGAGACGCAGCUGGUGGGGGCGGAUACACUGGAGGUACGGCAUACAGUGGACCAGUCCUACGGCAAGGUUGUGCAGUCCAUGUUUGGUGCGCUCAAGCAUAUGGCAAAGAUGGAAGGCGAAGGCGAAGACAAGGGGCAACUUAACUACCACGUUAUUCUGAUAGAAAAUAUGCACUAUUUCGUGGCUGAGAUUUCUCAGCUGCAGAUAGGCUCCAUCGUUAACUUCCUCAAAAGUGCGGAAGGUAUUUACGAGGAAAACCUCAACGCGUAUGUCAGGAUCGUGUUGCGGCGGCCAUUCUACAAGAUCAUUGAGUAUUUCGAGGGAGUCGAACGCCUUCUCAAAACCACUGCGCCGACGGAGGUGUCAUCCAACGGUGCUUAUUCAAAGGCAGCGCUGAAGAAGGUUGUCAAGGAGUACAAUGCCAAGGAUGUCCGGAAGCAUGUCGACACCCUGUUCAAGAGGGUGGAGAAACACUUCACCGAGGCAUCCGAGAAGGCCACCACGGAAGAUGUCAGCACUGGCAUUGCGUCCGGUACAGUGAUGGUCGGUGUUUGGAAGGCAUGCGAGGAGGAGCUGCUCAGGAUCACAGAGUUGUUUGCGAAGCGGAUCAACCAGUGCUACAAAGACACUGGUAUCGCGCUCGAAUACUCUGCUGCUGAUGUCGAGGCCGCUUUCAAGCGGCAUCGCGUUGCAGCGUAGAGGAUACCUGUACUAUAUUUGGAUUCUGUACUCGAAAGAUUUAUUGUGCUUGGUCACCAUCAGUCUUGUUCAACGACCUCUGG